AUGGAAAUCGCCAAACCAUUCCCUAUUCUGAAACUUCCAUUCCUUGUAUUGAUUGAUAUUGUGAAAAAUUUGAAAAAGUUAGAGAUAAUCGAAUUGUCGUUGGCUUCGAAAAAAUGUCGACUUAUAAUCAAGUCGAUAAAAAUCCCAAACCCUGGUGUUGACUUCAAAUUGGUCACCAGUACUGAGCUAUCUCAAACAGCAAAUGAUGGAAGAGUUCCUUGUUCACAACAACAAUUUAAUUACUUGACAAAUUACUUAAAAUUGAGAACAUACGACAUUGAUGGAGCAGAUAUAACUGUUGAAUUCGAAAGAGCGUGGGCUGAAUACGUUUGUGACCUAUUCGGGAAUAAUAUCUCAUCUCUCAUCUUCGAUUCCAAUAUUUCUGAUCUGGAUCUCGCGAGUCUUUCUAAUUGGAUCAACAAACGUCAGUCAACAUCAAAAAUGCGGUUAUGUAGAUUGUAUGGGGAUUGCAAUGAUAGUGAUAGCAUCAGUCAGUUCUUCGGAGCAAGAACUUUUUCAAUUUAUCAUCUAAGCAUCCAAUUAAAGUUCUCAUCGAAGGUGACACCAAUCAACUUCGGAACUUUGGAUAUGGAUGAGUUUGUUGCCCAAGACGAGGAUAUCAAGCAUAUGCCUAAUUGGAUUUCUGUAGAAAGUGUUUUGACAUCGAACUGUGUCAGAAUUUGGAUCGAACUCUGUCCAUUCACUGCGACUGACUUGAACCGGAUAAUCAAGGGAUGGAUUAAUGGGAAUAAUUCCAGAUUAGAGAUAUUACAUCUCGCUAUAAAACCUUUUGACCUUGAUCAAUUUGUGGAAGGCAUUGAAUACGAACAAAGAGAAUUUGAUUUAUUACGGUCCUACAGUUGGAAUAGUGACGUCAUGUUUAGGAGAGAGGUAACGAUUCGAAAAGGAUUCGACAUAGUUGGAAACGACGGAACCGUUGCAACAUUCAAAAUAGAAAACCGUCGAUGGAAUGAUGAAAGGUUGUGGGACUUUACCUUGGUAGUGUGGAAAAAUGGAUGCUAA